ACGUGCUGCCGCAGAUGACGGACCGCAGGCUCGCACCUCCUGUGCCCGCACAUCCCCGCUCACUCUGACACACACGCACACGGACCGACAGUGGCUGUUAUCGUCUCGCUUCCUGCUCUCCGGAACCGGAGGAGCUUUUGGAAUUAGCAGCCGGCGUUCUCGUUCAGACGAAGGCGUGAGGAGCUGCGGAGAUAAAUGAUGUUAAUAUGAGACCUGCUAAAGGGAGAUGUCAGUCUCUUCCAGUUUGUAUCCAUUCUACAAUGAUGGGGAUUUAAACAAGGGGGGCUCUCAUCCCAGCUCUUCAGCAGCUGCACAGACCACCUCGUCCUGGAGGGGACCAGGAAACUACUUCGGGCCAUGGGCCCUGCACGGGCCUGAAAGAACACACAGGCCGCAUCUGGAGAGGUCUCUCGUCGCCCGGGGAACAUGUCUGGGCAAAUACAGAGUUAAGUUUGCUGUCUUAACCUCAUAAUCAAAUGCAGGAGGAAGGAUCCUUCAUGCCAAAAACAGCCUUGUUGUAUUUCUCCUCAGCCUUUACUACAAAGCGAACCCCAGAUGGAGCUGAGAGCUGUAUGCUGAGGAAAACCCCUGCUCAAUUGAGACUGCAACGGGAGCCUUCACCUCUCCUCCCAGGGACAAUCCUCUGCUGCCAUUCUCUGAUCACAGGCCUGGCAUCUUUCAUCCAUUCAUUCCUCUUUCCAUUCAUUCAUCUCUUUGCCCUGUUAUGAAAGGCCUGUCCAGUAGUCGGAGUCACCAUCAUGUGGUCUCCUAUGAGCCAUAUGAUCCACUGGGUCACCAUGUUGACCGUAAACCAUAUUUGUUCAGCCAGAUGGACAUGCCGUUGCCCAUUCCCAUGCCACAUCCAUCUGAGUUGUCCUAUUACAAUGCUCAACGUGUCUCGUACCCCUCUGAGAGCAACAGCAUUGUCCCAUAUGGAACCUUCCCAAGGAGGUGUCACUCCACCUCCUCAGCUCACCAUCCUGAGGUAAAGGAUGAGUGUAUGGCCAUGCUCCCAUAUGUAGGAGGAGGAGGAAGAGGAGGAGGAGGGGGGGGAGGCUAUGGGGGUAAAUCACAAUCUUGGGUGCCAGUAAGUUUUGCGGACCCUUUUGAGCAACAGCCAAUAUUUUCCAGAGAUGGCUACCACACACUGCAGUACAAACGAGGAGUGUUGUCUCACAGCGGGGGAAUAGGAGCCAAUGACAACAACAAUGACAGCCCUGGGCGAAUUCGCCACCUGGUCCACUCAGUACAAAAACUCUUUACAAAGUCACAUUCAUUGGAAGGGGCACAACAGUCCUCAAAAGGGGCGAAUAAUGGGAGUGUUUAUGGUGGUGGUGGAGGAGGUAGCGGUGGUGGUGGUUCAAGGGCCAGCCCAGAAGGUGCAGCUCCUCCAGGGGGAGUUCGCCAUCGGAAGCGCAGCAAGAGCCGUGAGCGCUGUAGAUCAGCUGAGCCCAAGCAUCGAAGCUACCACCACCACCACCAUCCCCAGCUUCAUGGCUCAGCAUCUGCUCCGGGGUCUGGAUAUUGGAGCUCAGAUGACAACCUGGAACGGGAGCUGUGUCUUUACCACCCUCAUCACCACCAACCUCCACCCUCACCCUCCCUCUCUAUUUCCCCCUCACCUGUUGCCAUUUCAACAGGCCACUGCCCCGGCAACAACCCCGAUAAGUAUCCCCAGGCUCCCCUCCCAAAUCUCUCCUCCUCACAGUCCCAGCAGUACUUCAUGAUGGAUCCCUAUGGGACAGUUAACGAACAUACACACACUCAUGCACGCCAUGGCCGCACUCACCACCAUUCUGCACUCAAAGCCUCUUGGAGCAACAGCGAUGUGAAAUAUACAGCUUCAUCUCCAUGUGUGCCAGUUAGUGGUAACAGCAAUAAGAGCGAUGUCUGUAUCGGUGGAGGAAGUGGCCCCUUGCUGCCACUGGGUCUUGUGGACGGGCCUAUUGAGAAGAAAGGGGCAUGGUCAUCAAGCCUAACGGUGAGCAGGGCCCAAGAGGUCUACACCAACAGCAGCAGCCACAACCAGCUACGAGCCAGCGCAGGAUCUGGUAACCUAGACCUAGAUAGAGCGCUAGUCAAAUCUAAGGGCAGUCAGCAGCAGGACCCUUCUUGCCAAUUCUUACAGGUACCUCAAGAUGAGUGGAGUGGUUUUUCUCCUCUGGGAAAAGAGGAAGACAUUCCCUGUAGGAGGAUGAGGAGUGGCAGCUACGUCAAAGCCAUGGCUGAGGAUGACAGCGGAGACUCUGAUGGAAGUCCCAAACCUUCUCCGAAGAUGCAGGCACGCCGGGCCAGCUACCUUAAAGCCACACAGCCAUCACUGACGGAGAUGACCACUUUGCAAAUUUCCACAGAGCACUCCCCAAAACUGCAAAUAAGGAGUCACAGUUACUUGCGUGCCGUGAGCGAGGUAUCAAUCAACAGAAGCAUGGAUACACUGGACCCUAAAACCCUCCUGGACCCCAAAUCACUGCUGUCUUCACCCCAGUACCGGUCACGUAAUGAAAGCUACAUGAGAGCCAUGAGCACCAUCAGUCAGCUGAGUGAGGUCGAAGUGAAUGGCCAGAUUGAGCAAGUAUGCGAGCAGGUCUAUAGUGAGAUGCAAUCUCAAGCUAUGGACCCAGGGAUGGAUAGCUUGGAGACCAUGGACACCCUGCCUAUGCCAGGAUGCUUCCGUAUGCGUAGCCCCAGUUAUGUAAGGGCAAUCGACCAGGGUUGUACCUCAGAAGACGAAGGACCAGGAGGAAGACCUCUCCUGCUUCUUCCAUCCUCACCACCCCGUACAACUGCCACAACUGUCAGGACCAUCCAAAGCAGCACCGUUUCAUCUUGCAUUACUACCUAUAAGAAAACCCCUCCACCAGUGCCACCACGAACCUCCACCUGCUCUACAGCCUCGAAGCCAUAUAUCUCUAUCACAGCCCAAAGCAGCACAGAGUCUGCACAGGAUGCCUACAUGGAAGAGGAAGGGCCCAGAGGUGACAUGACAAUCCAGUCAGGGCUCAGCAACUCGACAGAAAGUAUUGACAGCAUGAAGGCCUUGACAGCUGCCAUAGAAGCUGCUAACGCUCAGGUCCAUGGGCCAGCUAGUCAACAUGUCAGUAACAGCACGAUGACAGUUAGCACUGCCAACUCCUCGCACCUUAGCAGGGGACACGUUGUUGAAGAUCAUCGGGAUGAAUACAGGAAAGAAGCACUCAGGAAGGGAAAAUGUCUCUCCAUAGGCAUUCAGGUUGAUGGGCCAGAAGAGAUUCCAGAUCCAGAGGACCCCUCCAAGUUCACUUCUGUAGGGGUACAGGUGGAGGAUGAUCGAGGAUAUCGAAGGCUUCAGCGCUCCAACAGUGUGACAGCAGCUGUACAGGCAGAUCUAGACCUGCCAGACCUCCUAGAUACUCCUCUAGACGUUCCACAUCCUCACAGAGGACGCCUAUCAUCCUGUGGCAUCUCUCGGAAGUAUUCCCGUGAUGCUGCCACAUCCACCGUCAGCAUUCAGGGCUCAGGGAACCAUUACCAUGCCUGCACCUCAGACGACUAUGAAGAUGUUGGUUUUGACCCAUCCAUCCUCCCCCCACCAGACCCCUGGAUAGAUACUGUUACUGAUGACCCGCUUGAUUCAGACUUCAAUGGCUCUUCUAUUCUGGAGGUGGUACAGCGAUCAGUCUGUCAGAGAGAUGGGCGCUGGUUCCUGAAGUUACUACAGGCUGAGACUGACCGCCUCGAGGGAUGGUGUCGACAAAUGGAGCUCGACCAGCGGGAGAAUGAACUGCCUGAAGACAUCCUGGAAAAGAUGAGAGCUGCUGUAGGAAGUGCUCAGCUUCUGAUCUCCCAGAAGUUUCAGCAGUUCAGGGAGCUAUGUGAAGAGAACCUGAACCCCAGCAUCCAUCCUCGUCCUGUGGCCUCUGACCUGGCAGGCUUUUGGGAUAUGUUGCAGCUAUCUAUUGAGAACAUAAGCCUCAAGUUUGAUGAGCUUCACCAGCUCAGGGCCAACAACUGGAGACCCCUGGACCCUCCUGACAGAAAGGAGAGGCGACUUCCACCUCCCGUGCCAAAAAAACCACACAAGGUGGUCCCCCACCAUCACCCACCUCUUGCCAGAGACCGCUCACUGGAGAGCUCAGAGAAGCAGCGGCAGGAAGCGAGAAAGCGCCUGAUGGCUGCCAAGAGAGCUGCAUCUGUACGCCAGAACUCAGCGACAGAGAGUGCCGACAGCAUUGAGAUUUACAUCCCUGAAGCGCAGACAAGGUUAUGAAGACACUAUCGUGGACAUAUGGUGGCACGCAAAGAAUACCCAGGACCAAUAUUUAAACAAAACAUGUAAGAUUGUCCACACCAACUUAUAGUGGAAUAAACUGAUGGAAAAAGUUAUUGAUUAUCUUAUCUGCAAUUGUCCCAUCCUCAGUUUUAACAUCAUCAGUUAUGGUUGAUAAGGUAGCAACAGAAGUUCUACAGGUCUGGUUUCUAACAAUUUCUCUUUGGUAUGAUGUUUUAUUUUGUAACAAUCAUACAUAAGAAGAAAAUGAUGCAAAUAAUCACUGGAUAUAAACUUCUCAAAAUUUACUUUUCCAAAAUUCUGUUUUAAAAUCUGCCACAGGGUCGGGUCUAAAUUAGAUCACUUAUUUAUUAAAUGCUCGAGAUUCUGACAUUAGCGUUGUUGCAACACAUCGAUAUGACCUCACAAUCCAAACCACUAACUUGACUAGUUAUAAUCUGCUUUUAGUAACACAGACUCUGGAUAAGUGCACAACUCCACUUAAGAUGAAUUACUGGCUUCUGCAGGGCAUGCUGUGAAACAACUAAUUCAACAACUUAAAGGAGAAGUCCGGUCAAGAUCAGAAUUCAAACUGUUGACAGUACUUUAAAUAUAAAAUUAUUAAUUACUGUUCAAUAAAUGAUAACCUUUGUUUAAUUAAGAGUAAUUUUCAUUUGACGGUCGUUUAGUGGGGGCCACCAUCUGGGUGAAGAACAGUACUGACGUUUGUGACGUCAGUUUGCGGGAAUCGGCUGUUGACCCAAGUCCCAAUACCCUAUCUUUCACCUUGUAAAUAAAUAUCUGUUUUCAUGCCAAAAUAUUUUUUUAACCUCUUAAACAAAGAUAGACAUUGUA